UGUCUUUGCCUAGUUGAAGACUGAAACAUUGUUCAAACCAGAAUUACAAAAAUUACCGAUUCAAGGUACGCGUCGAAGGUUAUCCACCAGAAAUAACCUUUAAGUUGAACCAAACUUAUAAUUUAGGUGAGAACUUGACCGUGUGUCGCCGUAAAGGUCAUGGAAUGAAGAAUGCUGAGUUUCGACAGUUCUCCUUAGACAACCGCCGCAAUCGCAAUGAUUUUCAUCAUCAAGACCUACUUCAUCGGGAAGUACCGUAGCUUCCACCACAGCAACAACUGCUUCGUGGUGUUGAUGUUCUGCAAUCGUUUGAUCGGAUUUUGGGACAAUCCGGGAACCGACCCGGACCGAUUCCACCCGGUCAAACGAAUCCUCAUCAAUUUCUCAUUUAUGUACGCUACGCUCGAAGUGAUAUCCGUAACUAUGGCUAUCAGGACUACCGGCUUCAAUGAGAAUGUCGGAUCCUUGUUCCUAGUCAUCGCCCGUCAAUUUUGCCUUGCCAUCUGGUGCUCCUUGGCUUUCAAUCGCCAAGGGUUGAAGGAGAUCUGGAUCUAUCUGCUGAGCGUCCAGCAAGAUGCCGUCGACGACUCCCGUCACAAAUACAUCCGGUUCGUAAACUGGUUCACGCUCAUGUUCCUGAUUCUGAACUUGCUUCCCCUGAUGGUAUGGGUCAUCAACGGUCAAAUUGGAUCACCACUUGCAGUCUUCGGAAGUCCUUGGUUAGACCGGCUCAAUACAGUGCUCUACCCUGCCGCUGUUUUCCUGAUCACACUCAUGCUGUGCUACGCGAUCAUCAUGACCCUUUCGAUCAUGUCGGCCUUCACUCUGGAGUUCCGCUUGCUUGGCAUGGACUUCCAGCAAAUCUUCGAGGAGGUGGAACCCCAUGGCGAGAUCAUCGUCCAGCGCUGGAUCAACCUGGAGAAGUCCUUCGGUCGCUGCGUCGAGCGCCACCAAACGCUGCUCAGCUUGACCGACUCGUUCCGGCAACUGCUGAAGACCAACUUCCUCAUUCAGCUGGUCGUCAACUUCUGUCUUAUUGUGUUGCACUUUUCCGUGUACGUACUGAUGCAACGUCACGAAGUAUCUGGAUUUGCGUUCAGUGCCUUUGCCGUGAUUGCCCUCAUGAUGAACAUGCUGCUGUACGGAUUCCUGUGCGAUCAACUGGAGGAACAGGUCCUCUCCAUCAACCAUCAGCUGUACUGCUCCGGCUGGACGGACAAGAUGAUCUACUCGAAAGCGUUCGCCCGCCGGUACAAGAACCUCCGGCAGACGAUGCUGAUCGUAAUGGAGCGUACCCAGAAGAAGGUCGGCUUUACGUGCGGUAACUUUUUCGAGAUGUCCUUGGUGACCUGCCGGAAGGUUCUGAGCUUUACCUAUACGGUCGUGGCCGUGCUGACCAGUGUGCUGGAGUAAUUUGCUGAUUGGGGUAAUUUGUGUACGUUGGUAAUUGUGCAGCCA